GUACCUGGCACCUUCUCCUCCAGCCUCCUAGCAGCAUGGCUUUCACUGGCAAGUUCGAGAUAGAGAGUGAGAAGAAUUAUGAUGAGUUCAUGAAGCUGCUGGGAAUCUCCAGCGAUGUAAUCGAAAAGGCCCGCAACUUCAAGAUCGUCACGGAAGUGCAGCAGGAUGGGCAGGACUUCACUUGGUCCCAGCACUACGCCGGGGGCCGCACCAUGACCAACAAGUUCACUGUUGGCAAGGAAAGCGAGAUACAGACAAUGGGGGGCAAGAAGUUCAAGGCCACUGUGCAGAUGGAGGGUGGGAAGCUGGUGGUGAAUUUCCCCAACUAUCACCAGACCUCAGAGAUCGUGGGUGACAAGCUGGUGGAGUUCUCCACCAUCGGAAGCGUGACCUAUGAGCGCGUGAGCAAGAGGCUGGCCUAAGCAGUCAGGCCCGGCCCAGGGAGCUACAAACCCCUCAAUAAAGCCGAUACAAGGACA